UGCUCUGCUUUGCCCUCCUCUGCUCUCCUGUCUCCUCCGCAAACCAGAGCAAGGUGCAGUGUUUCCUCCAGGCAGCCACACACACACACACACCUCCGGCUGGCCAGACGGUCAUGACAGCACGGUGACAUCGCACAAAGUCAUAGUCAUGUUCAGCUGCAGUUGGCACCAGACAGCACACUAAUGGAAUUUUUCUUCAGGAGUGUAACUCAUCGCUCACAAGACAGUGAAUAUUCACAAGUGGCUCUCAUCCCAGUCCUCAGCUCCAGCUGCUGCACCAGCUCUAGUCAUGCACACUGGAUCCACUAGAGGGCCACAGACAUGCACACCCUCCUCAGGUUUGAUGAUGAUCUAACUUUAUGACGAGUGACAGAGGUUAUUAUGGCUGAUAAAGGCGAAAUGAAGAGUGAAGAGGCGGAUCUGUCUGCUGACAUCAAAGACUGGAGUAAACAUCAAGUGAGACUAUGGGCACUCAAGGAAGCUGCUGUGGAGGACAAAUUUGCUGAUAUUUUGUUUCAACAGGAUAUUAAUGGGUCCAGUCUUUUACUUUUAGACAAAACAGACUUAAAGGAUUUAGGUGUGACUCUAGGACCAGCAAAACUUAUCAUUCAUGCCAGAGAUGAGCUGUUGAAAUUUAGAAAAGAGCAGCCUUCAGGCACUAUAAACCAGUCUGGAGGAUUAUGCAAGCCCUAUCCAUUCCAAAGAUAUCAUGAUGCUUGUAGAUACAUGGAGAACAGCAUUCUUGAUGUUCCAGAAUCAGGCGCCUCAGACUAUAUUGAACCCUGCCAUGAGUAUAAAGCUUUCAUCAAUACACCAGAUGAAAAUAAAAUGUGUAAGUUCACUACUGAGGUUAUUCGCUUUGCAGCAGCCUGCAUGAAUAGCCGCACGAAUGGCACCAUACAUUUUGGGGUUGGUGACAAACCAGACUUCACCCAUGGUGAAGUAUUGGGAGUGGAUAUUAACGACAAAGAGGCUUAUGAAAAUGCACUGAAUCUUGCAGUCGAUGACUGUUUUGAACAUAAACACAAACGGGCAGCAAAAAUGUGCAUCAAGCCGCCUCGAUUUGUUGGGGUUCUCAAUAAGGAUAUGACAUCAUCUCAGAAGUGUGUGAUAGAAGUGGACAUAGUGCCUAACUCUACAAUCUGUGAAGAGAACAUCUACUCUGUCAGCUUGGAUUCAAAGAAAGGAAAGAAGAAGGCAAAAGGCAAAGAAACAGACAAAACUGAACCUAAACAGUCAAAACCUUUCUUUAUCCGUGAUGGCAGCAGUAGCAGGAAUCUCCUUGCGCCAACCACCUUUGCGAAACCUAUGGAGGAGUUCAACAAAUUUGUUGACAGUGUGGCACAGCUGUCACAACUCCGGAAACAAGCAGAAGAGAAGCACCUCAAAGGGGUUAAAAGCACUGUUCAAGGCUCUAGACUAAGUCAAAUGAUUACAGGUGGAACUCAGUCAUUAGACCAGUCACAUUUUGAGCAGUACGUAAUAGUAACAAACAAAUCACAUCCAGGCCAGUUAGAAUCACUCACAUUUCUUCAAGAGCUCAAUCCUGCAGCUGUUUUGGACUUCGAUCCAGAAUCAACUAAAAAUGGUUUGCAGCAGCACUUUGAAGAGCUAAGUACAGUAAAUGUCCAUCUUCCAGUAAAGUAUAAAAUCACAGAAGGUGUUGAAAACAUUGCAAGCAAGUUGAAAUUAACUAGAAAUACCAGCUGGGUGUUGUGCAAUGGAGGUGUUGAGGAUGAGGUACCAUCAGACAUAGAAAAUUGGCUGAUAGAGAAGGGAGCCUCCGUUCGAGAUGUGAUUUCAUUCUUAUGCCGUAAAGAUGUGCUUCCAAGCAAGAGAUUCCUUGUUGUUUUCUUACUUUUGUCUACUGUAAGCGAGAAGAUGGAUCCUCUUGUAGAGACUUUCAGUAUAUUUUGGCAGGAGCUCAAAGGCACAGAGCAGAUUCUUUGUAUCUGUGAAAAUGAAAAAGCAUUUACCUACUGGAAGGACCUUAUUGAGGCUCGUUGUGGAACCAACAUCUCCAGAAGAUGCAUUUAUGAUCUCAGUUUCGCUGAAGUCAAUGGCACCAUCCUCAGUCUUUUGUCAGAAAAUCGCAGAUCCAAGCAUUUCCUGCCUUGUGGUGGAGGUAGCAAAGUGCUGUUUGAAAAGAAAGUGGAGCGUAGCCUGAAUACCUUAGAUGUCCUGUGUGUGAACCAGUGUGAAGGAGGAAAUGAGAACAAAAUUGUCAUAGAGGGGAACUUCUACAAAGGAGGAAAAGUGUCAUGGUGGAAUUUCUUUUUCUCUGAGCAGCCUGGAUCCACACCUUUUAUCAAGCGGGACCAGUUUGACUUCAUCAUGAACACAGUCCUACCAGAUUUGAGCUCUUUGAGAAAAGCCUGUGUAUUAUUCAGCCUCAUGCAUUUGCCUGGAUGUGGUGGGACAACGUUAGCCAUGCACACUCUAUGGGCUCACAAAGACAAGUUCCGUUGUGCAGUUCUGAAAGACAGCAAUGCUGACCUAGCUGAAGUUGCUACUCAAGUGGUCAAACUUUUGAGGGAUGCCCAUGAAGAGCAGUUACCACAAGUCCCUGUUUUGCUUAUGAUAGAUGACUUUGAGGAUAUGGACAAAGUAUUUGACUUGAAGCAGCUCAUUGAAAAAGAGUGUGUGACACAUGACAUUCAGUCUCCACAGGUAAUUCUACUGAACUGCAUGAGAUCAGAUUCUUCAGAGCAGACUGAAACAACUGGAGAAACUGUAUUCAUUGGCAAUAAACUCUCUGAGAAGGAGCAGAAACAGUGUGAGCAAAAACUUAAGGAAAUAGAAAAAACACAAAAAAAUCUUGACACAUUCUAUGGCUUCAUGAUCAUGAAGAAGAACUUUUCACAAGAAUACAUUCAGGGUGUGGCUCGCAACACCCUGAAGAGCUUCAACAUCGAUCAUAAAUAUGCACAGCUCAUUGCUGUCUUAGCUCUGUUGAAUGUAUAUUGCAAGGGUGCCUCACUCUCUGUCUCUCUGUGUGAGGAAUUUCUAGGUCUUCAACCAAAAGCAUUUUGUGGAUCUGACAGAGUUGAAGAUGGAUUUGGAUCAUUUUCCACUUUAAUUUCUGCCAUCACAGUUGAGGCUAAGGUCGUAUUUAAAGCUGUGAAAAUGAUCCAUUCAAGUAUCGCUCAGCACUGCUUGCAGGAACUUGCAACAACACACAGUGUACAAAUAGCUAUGAUUGCCAAUUUACUGCUAACCACAGACAGGUUUUAUGAGAGCACACAAGGCAAAGACAGUCUCAUGCAAAAUGUUCACUGCAUGUUGGUGAAGAGAUAUCACUCAAAGGAGGAGGAAUCACACUUCUCUCCACUAAUUCAGGACAUUGCAAAACAGUCACAAGGACUGGAAGAGAUGGUGCUGAAUGCAUCUAAAAGAUUUGAGAGAGAUGCUAUUAUCUCUCAGUUACUAGCCAGGUACUAUUACCUAAAGAAGAGGGAUUUCAAAGAGGCUAAAGACUGGGCACGGAGAGCAAAAGACCUUAACCCUCCUAUAUUACAGACACAUCAGCACAAGUGAUCAAACAUGAGCUAAAAAAAAAGCCAUUGCAGAGGACAAAGAACUAUCUCUUGAACCAGAAAAAGUUCAAAUUUACCUCAAAAUGGCUUGGUCAACGAUAGAGGCAUUCAAGGAAGCGCACAACCUUGCAAAGAGGGAGUCAAUGCAGCGAUUUCAGAACAGGACAGACAUCAGGCCUUUCAAUACUGCAGGGUGCCUGGGAGAAAUUCAGGUUUGUCAUUGAAAUACUGGAAAAGACACCCAUAUUUUCUAC